CUCACUCACUACUACCAUAUCAAUUCCAAUUGUUCAAACGACACCUACAACAACAAAAAUUCAAUUUCCAAAUUAUUCAAACUAUGGAUUCUUCAUUCUUCCAAAACCCCAUUUCUGAAUUUUCCUUUGAUUUAUCUUCUUCUUCCUUCAACUCAACUCUAGAUCAAUACUAUUCUUCUGAUCAUCAUCAUCAUCUCUCAUGGUCAUGGGACAUGUUCAACUUUGUUGAUCACCACCAUCACAGUCAACCCUUGCCCCAGCUACCGUUCAAUGAGAACGACUCCGAAGAAAUGCUGCUCUAUGGAGUUCUUGCGGAGGCGCCCGCAGGAGGAGAUCACAACAACUCAUCGGAGACAAUAACUCAUUCCAACAAAGAUAUUCACGAAGAGGUGAAUUCUUCUAAUUCCACUCCCGAAGAGGAUCAAGAGAUUUCCUACAGAGGGGUUCGGCGGCGGCCCUGGGGAAAGUUCGCGGCGGAGAUAAGAGACUCCACUCGAAACGGUGUCAGAGUUUGGUUGGGGACAUUUGAUACGGCGGAGGAGGCAGCCUUGGCUUAUGACCAAGCAGCAUUUGCCAUGCGGGGGUCUUUGGCUGUCCUCAACUUUCCAGCCGACGUCGUUUAUCAGUCACUUGUGGAGAUGGAGUAUGGAUUCGAAGAGGGUUCGUCUCCGGUGUUGGCCUUGAAGAGAAGGCACUCCCUCAAGAGGAAGUCGUCAAUGAACAAAAAGAAGAAAUUAUCAGAUCAUCAAAAGAAUGAUGAUGAAGAUCAGUUGGUGUUGGAGGAUUUAGGCGCAGACUAUUUGGAGGAGCUUCUCCGCAUAUCGGCGAUGACCUAGCUACAAGCUAAUAGUGCUGCGAGCCGUCCUCAUAGAAAUUGUCCGUUUGUGUCGGCCAUGCCAUUUUUGGACCUUGUUUUUUCUUUUUUGGGAAAGUAA